ACUUCAGACAGAGUUACUGAUCCCAGUGGAGCACAAGUAACACUGGAGCUGGAAAUCCUACCCAGAGUGAUGGCCAAGUGCUGCUGCCCUGCAAAUAAAGAUUUUUUUGGAGGGAAUUGUGUAUCUUCCCUUCCAUCAAGAAUAAAAUGCUUUGCUUUUCUUUAAUAAAACAAGUUUUAUUCGCAAGAAACUGCAACUACUUGUUAAAUUCCUCUUGUUUGGAGAAACAGGGCAGAUCUGAGGGUCUGACAGUGCCAGAGAAGCCGGAGCUUUGGGAAGGGGAGUGACUCGGAGAAGUUUGUGUUGUUCCCUUCCUGCUUCCUCUGAAAAUCCCUGGGAGCCAACCCAAGGGUUCUCCUGCUGUAAAAAGGCACCUGGGGGCUGCGGCUGCUGCUGGUACUGACCAGGUAGCACAAAGUUGUGUCGGAUCACGUUGUUACAUAUCUGUGCACCAAAGAGGAUAUGGCAAAGUAUGUUCUACACAGCAGUAAGAUUAUUCACCAUGUGAAUGUUCAGUGGAGGAUUUGAUGUGUUAGAGAUCUCCCUCAGAAAUGUAGGAAGCAUCUUGUUGGAAUGCAGCAGGAUGAAAAAUGCUGGAGCUUCCUCAAGCCAGUGCCUGUCCUUGGCUUCCCAGGCCAGCUCCAGUGCUCCAGUGUUCUUUAAAUUGAAAAGCAACUCAGUAACUUCUGAAAUCAAUGUUGUUUUAAUGAACUGAUUCAUUUUUAAGGAGUUCGGAGACCUGUUUUACAAAGCUACCUCAAGUUCAAGUUUUGUGUUUUCAGAGGAGGGAAGAAGAAUGUCCCAAAAACAGCUGAAAGAAGCUUUUAUCAGCAACCUGAACGGAACGAGUUUGCUGGAAAUUUCUGCAGGCUUGUCCCUGCCUCCGCUGUGCCUGCUGUGCAGAGGGCUCCUCCUGAUCCUGCACUACCUGCACCAUGGAAAACCUGUGAGCUCAAGGACGUACAGCCUGCUGCUGGACUUCCUGGUGCUGGUGUCUCCUCUCGUGUUCUCCUGCACUGUCUUGUCCCCAAUCAUCUUUUUCAUACCAGUUAUCCUUGCUGCCUUCUGUGCCGCAAUCUUUUCCAAAAUAUACGGCCAGACAAAACGAGAGGCCAGACCGCCCUUGGGGCAAAUUGUAAAAGAAUUCCAGAAGGCAUGCUUGGACCCUGAGUACAUUCCAGCCAUAACUGUGUUCCGUGUUUAUGUCAACGUGCUGACAUCCAUCAGCAUUUUGGCCGUGGAUUUCCCGCAGUACCCCCGGCGAUACGCCAAGGCCGAGACCUACGGCACCGGAGCCAUGGAUUUGGGGGUGGGAGCCUUCAUCUUUGGAAAUGCUCUUGUUUGCCCUGAGGUUCGGCAGAAGCCUCACAGGACUCAGCCCAGGUUCUCCAGCCUGGCCAGGCAGGUGUUCUCUGUGUGGCCACUGAUUGCCCUCGGCGUCGGGCGGCUGCUGAGCGUUAAAUCCAUCGAGUACCACGAGCACACGUCGGAGUACGGCGUGCACUGGAACUUCUUCUUCACCCUGGCGCUGGUGAGACUUGCAGCCUCUCUGCUUUUAGCCAUAUUCCCCAAACACAAGGCUUGGCUCGUGGCUCUGGCUGUGGCUGUGCUCUACCAGCUGCUCCUCAGCACGACCUCUCUGAAGAUGUUCAUCCUGCACGGCAGUGACGGCCGGGGCUCCCGGCUCGGCUUCCUCGACGCCAACCGGGAAGGGCUCUUCUCCCUCUUUGGCUACCUGGCCAUCUACCUGGCGAGCGUGCAGGAUCAGCUCCAGCAAGCCUCCUCUCCCGGCUGCAGUGGUGUCUCUUUUGAAGUCAGAAGUUCCCCCGAAGAUUCCAGGCAGUAUCGUAUUUCAAAGCCCUGUCCCAGAGAACAGGUAUUUCUUCCAGGCAAAGAGGCCCAUGCAAAUGAGCACAGGAAGGGGCUGGCUGCCUUUCCACCGCCUUGGAGAUAACAAAACAAGCCACGUGUUCCAGCGGCUUAAAAAAACAUUAAAAAUCCAUGGAUAAAAAUGGUGUUAAUGUAAUGGUGCUUUUUGUAUCAAUGUGCACUCCAAGAAUACAGAACCUGGGACAAUGCUGCUGUUGAUGUGGGAGGGAGAAGUGGCACAGGAAAGCACAUUCCUGCAAAGACCUAAAUUCAUCGUGGUUCAGAGUGCUCUGGUGUGAGAAACUCUCUCUAGUAACAAACCCCCAUCUUUUGUGCUGUAGAAAACCAUGAACACACCGACUGCAGUUCCCGUUACAGCUCGAGUAAACGAGCUCCUGCACUAAACAUCCCUUUUAUGCAGACACAAGAAAGAAUCCUGCUUCUUUAUUACCUCCCCUGCAUUUUCCUGUGAGGGCUUUACUGCCUAUAUCCAUACACAACAAGAAUGAACAGGUCAGCUGUAUUAUUCCGUAGUUCAAGAAAGACUUUGGAUUCGUUGUUGUUUUUGUGAUUUAGUUUUUUUUUUUUUUUGGGCUGGUUAAUUUAGGCAGCCACAGGAUUUCGGGCAGGCUGCUCUGGAGUGCUGCAGGCGCCAAGCAGAGCUGUUCAAUCCUGCCCGGCCUGGCUCGGCACCAGCCGCGUUUGAUGCCGGGGCAGCGUCUGAGGCGGGGAAUUCAGCGA